GAGCUGUUUAUCUAGAGGGGAGCCUAGAAGAAGCCAAGCAAUUAUUUGGACGUUUACUCUUCAAUGACAAGGACCUGCGGGAUGUAUGGCUUAAUUAUCCGCUACACCCACUCCAACUGCAGGAAUCCAAUACUGACAGGCAACUCAUCGAGACCUCUCCAGUUCUUCAAAAGCUUACAGAGUUUGAGGAGGCAAUUGGAGUCAUCUUUACUCAUGUGCGGCUUCUAGCACGCGCGUUCACUCUGAGGACAGUGGGCUUUAACCAUCUGACUCUAGGCCACAACCAGAGGAUGGAAUUCCUGGGUGACUCCAUAAUGCAGUUGGUAGCCACAGAGUAUUUAUUCAUACAUUUCCCUGAUCAUCAUGAAGGGCACUUAACGCUGUUGAGAAGCUCUUUGGUGAACAACAGGACACAGGCCAAGGUGGCAGAAGAGCUGGGAAUGCAAGAAUUUGCCAUCACUAAUGACAAGACAAAAAGACCUGUAGCUCUUCGAACUAAGACUUUGGCUGAUCUCUUGGAAUCCUUUAUUGCAGCUCUGUACAUUGAUAAAGAUUUGGAAUAUGUUCACACUUUCAUGAAUGUAUGUUUUUUCCCACGGCUAAAGGAGUUUAUUUUAAAUCAAGAUUGGAAUGAUCCUAAAUCUCAGCUUCAGCAGUGCUGCUUGACUCUCAGGACAGAAGGAAAGGAGCCAGACAUUCCUCUUUACAAGACUUUGCAGACAGUGGGACCGUCUCAUGCCAGGACAUACACCGUAGCUGUUUACUUCAAAGGGGAAAGAAUAGGAUGUGGUAAAGGCCCAAGUAUUCAGCAAGCAGAAAUGGGAGCUGCAAUGGACGCACUUGAAAAAUAUAACUUUCCCCAGAUGGCCCAUCAGAAACGGUUCAUUGAACGGAAGUACAGACAAGAGUUGAAAGAAAUGAGGUGGGAAAGAGAGCAUCAAGAGAGAGAGACCGAGGAGUCUGAAGAAGCAAGGAAAUGAAAGGAGGGCACAGAAGCAGUGGCAUAUUUACUUACUUAAUAACUCUGACUGUGGACUAUGGAGACCUAACCUAGUUUCUUGCAGAUGAUGAAUGAAGAGCGCCUGUUGAUACCAAGUAGAAAAUUAUACUCUCUACUUAAAAGAAGUGUGUGUGUAUAUAGUAUUUCUUUAAUUUGGUUUUAAGUGCAAAGUUUGUUUGGCUUUUUAAUAAGACUUGGUUUUAAAUCCUUUUAAUUUUUAUGAAAAAAUGUGGGAUUAUUUUUAUUAUUUUUACUGCCUUGUAUGAAGUAAUAAAGUAUUAAUUUCAAAAGUCUGUAGAAGGAAAAGCU